AUGGCAGAUUCCACCCUCUAUCUCUACACCUCCCUCACCGCGGGUUCCUCGCACAUCAUCACCGCCACCUCGCGCCUCGAGACAAUCCUUAAAGCCAACAAGAUCCCCUUUCAGGCCAUCGACAUUGCCACCGAUGAUGCCGCGAGGAGACUGUGGGGGAGGUAUUCCAAGGGACGCAAGUUGCCUGGUUUGGUGAAGUUUAAGACUAUUAUUGGCGAUCUCGAGCAAAUAGAAGAAUGGAACGAGUACGGCGAACUCAAAGCCGAAAUUGGCGCCGUCUCUGAUCCGAAUGAUUUCUCCUCCGAGCCUAAGAAAGCCGAUGCAGUCGAGGUCCCCAAACCCGCUCCCGUGGUAGCACCGAUGUCGAAUAAAUCGAGCGGAACGUCGACGCCACACAUCCAGAUUCAGAACCCGCCCGUUAGCGAGAAUAAAGAGGACCAGCGAACACUAGCGCUAAGAUUGGCCGGCGAGGAAGCAGCGGCACGGGCAAAGGAGAAUGCACGAAGCAAACUCGGCGCAAAACCAGUUACAACCGAAGGAGAGGGCAAAGCGACGCCGACAUCUGAUCCGACGGCCAAGGGGACGGAAUCCGUCGCCUCAGUGAAGGGGGAUAAAGAGGACGAAAAGAAGUCUGAUACUGACGCCGCCGCCAUUUCCAAGCCUACCGACAGUGACAUCGAAACGAAGAAGCCAACUUCGACAAGUGAUUCAACGGCCGGCCGCUCCGUCGUCCCUGAAAGCAUUCCUCCAUCAUUGAAAAGACCCCCCCUCGCCGACGAAGUUGCCGCCGUAUCCAGUGAAAACUUCCACGCUGAUGAUGCCGAGGUGUUGGGUCUAGUAGGCCAUCAUCGCGGCUCAAUUGUCUCUGCUACAACGCAGGAUGAGCAGGAACAAGUGCGCGAGGAUAUUAGAGCGUCUAUUUCGGAUGUGCCUGCUGAUGCGGAUAUUGAUGCGUUGAGGAAGACGGCCGAAGCAAAGAAGGGGGAUACUAUUGCUGAAGAUGAAGAUGAGGAUAGCGAGGAAGAGGAGGAGGAAGAGGAAAAGAAGGAAGACAAGCCUGCGGAGACUAAGAAGGAGGUAAAGAAGGAAGAAGAGAAGACGCAGAAACAAGACCCCAAGAACGAGAGUAAAGCCGGUGUCAGUGUCGAUGACUAG